AUGGACGGCAGUGGAAACAACACACCGGUGAUCGGCAUCGACCUCGAAACAACUCACUCAUGUGUCACUGUUUGGAAGCAUGAUCACAUCCAAAUCAUUCCCAACGAUCAAGGCAACAGAACCACACCUUCUUGUGUUGCUUUCGUUGAUGCUGAAUGCCUCAUCGAGGAUGGCGCCAUGAACAAAGCCGCCAUGAACCCUGCUAACACUAUAUUUGGAAACAGCACACCGGCUAUCGGCAUCGACCUCGGAACAACCUACUCAUGUGUCGCUGUUUGGAAGCAUGAUCGCAUCCAAAUCAUCCCGAAUGAUCAAGGCAACAGAACAACACCCUCUUGUAUUUCUUUCGUUGAUGGAGAACGUCUCAUUGGCGAUGGCGCCCUGAACAAAGCCGCCAUGAACCCUGCUAACACUAUAUUUGAUGCUAAGAGGCUGAUUGGAAGGAGAUUCAGUGAUUCCAAAGUGCAGGAUGACAUUAAAUUGUGGCCUUUUAGGGUCAUACAAGGGCCUGCCGACACACCAAAGAUUGUUGUCUCCUACAAAGGUCAAGAGAAGGAAUUUUUGGCUGAACAAAUUUCAUCGAUGAUUCUUGGGAAGAUGAAAGAAACUGCUGAGUCAUACCUUGGAAAAGUUGUAAAAGAUGCUGUGAUAACAGUUCCGGCUUACUUUAACGAUUCACAACGUCAAGCAACAAAGGAUGCUGGAGCUAUUGCUGGACUUAAUGUCAUUCGCAUGAUCAACGAGCCUACAGCAGCAGCAAUUGCUUAUGGUCUUGACAAUAAGUCUGAUAUCACUCGCAAGAUCAAUGUACUUGUCUUUGAUCUGGGUGGUGGCACAUUUGAUGUCUCUCUCUUGACCAUUGCAAAAGGGGGUACGAUUGAGGUGAAAGCUGUUGCUGGUGACACUCAUUUGGGAGGUGAGGAUUUUGAUAACCGCAUGGUGGAUCAUUGUGUUAGGGAAUUCAAGAGGAGAUGGAAUAAGAACUUAACAGGGAACAAAAGAGCAUUAGGGAGGUUGAGAUUUGCGUGUGAGAAAGCAAAAAGAAUUCUCUCAUGCAGUACUCAGACUUCAAUCGACCUGGAUUGCUUGCAUGAGGGGAUCGAUUUCUCUAUGAAAUUCAGCCGAGCAAAAUUCGAAGAGCUCAACAUGUGUUUCUUCAGUAAAUGCAUUGAGAUUGUGGAGACUUGUUGA